UCGUUCGCGAUGGCUACUUCCCCGUUUUUUUGCCAUCGAAAAUAGCGAAUAAAAUUACCGGGAUCGAACUUUAAAAAAAAGUUAUUUAUAAGGUUGUAUACUGGAUGAAAAUCGACACACACAAAAAUACCUCCAAAUUUAAUGAUAUGGAGAAUUCACUAAUUCGAAGAUUUUGUUAUCAUGCACGUACAUAUUCUUGUGUUUGGAGAACGGUAAACAAUUGAUAGAUUCCCUCAGGGCCGAUCAAUGACGAAAUUCGCGACGACCUCACCACCUGCAUCACUGUGAAAACUGCUAUUAAAAAUCCGGUUCGGUACGGGAAUUGAAUCACAAUAUCAUCCGCGAAAACCGAAAAGCACAAAAGACAAACAAAACCUGUCCCAGUUUCGAGCACAGGUAGGGAGGGUAAGACGCAAACAAGAACCCUCGAAUUUAUAUAAAGCUGUGUUAUCGAUGUAGUUGCAGAUGAUUUCGUUACAAACCAGCAAGAGUACAGAAAGUUAAUAGCAUGCACUGGUUACAGUUCCGCACUGUUGCGGUCGCGACAUUUCUCCUAAUAUCAACGGUGACUCGUACGCGCGCUGCUAUUAAUUUACCACCCGUAACCGGUUCCGAUACUGGUUCUCUGCUGCGACGGUGCCCCUGUGUCCCGGUGAACACCUGUUACAGUCAAGGCGUGAAUCUCAACGAACAACAGUACCUGAACGCUAACUUCCAGUGUCCGAUGUUCACCUACCAGCACUGCUGUGGACCCUACUAUCCAACCCUUGGCGGCGAAGGACCCUAUUUCCAACAGCAGCAGCAACAAGUUUUCACCGCAGAACCGUCUAAACCACGAGAGGGUGAGAAUGUGUUAGUCGUUUUGGCUCAAAGCGUCUCUCCGGCCGAGGAAACUCUAGGGGAAGAGAACGUGAUGACCGUCUUGCCGGAAACAACGGAAAAUUCUCUUCCGGAAACCACAACGGAAUUGCCCAGUGAAACUACAACUGAUAUUGUUGAAGAAACAACAACGCCGGAAGCAACAACGACCACCACAACUACCGUAUCUCCGCCACGAGGUCGACUAAGUCGCUUCCAUCAUCGACGUCCCAUUCCGAGGUAUGAACGCAGCUCCACACCAAUCCCUUCCAGGCAUGAUACAUCGACAACCGAGCAAUCCCCGAUUCGGAGAUUGCCAUCCCGACGAGGGUUGUACCAACGACGACGAAAGGAGGAACUAACGUCCUCCACAACUGAAGCUGCUGACGAGUAGAAAGGCUUUCACAACUACGAAUAGCUAAGGUCUAUACCAAUCAGUGUAGUUAACAUGUUUUUCCUCAAUUGCUUGAAUGUUGAACGGGAUUGCAUUUUUAUAUAUAGCAAAUAAUGAUCAUAAAAUUAUUAGCUGACUUACAAAA